GAGGCCAAGGUGAUGGAAGUGAAAAUCAAUGAGGCCCGAGAGCACUACCGGCCAGCAGCUGCCCGAGCCUCUCUGCUCUACUUCAUCAUGAAUGACCUCAGCAAGAUCCACCCGAUGUACCAGUUUUCUCUCAAGGCAUUCAGCAUCGUCUUCCAGAAGGCUGUGGAGAAGGCUGCCCCAGAUGAGAGCCUCAAGGAGCGUGUGACCAAUCUGAUAGACAGCAUCACCUUCUCUGUGUACCAAUACACCACCCGUGGGCUCUUCGAGUGUGACAAGCUGACCUAUCUUGCCCAGCUUACCUUUCAGAUUCUCCUCAUGAACGGGGAAGUUGAUGUGGCAGAGCUGGAUUUCCUGCUUCGAUCUCCAGGACAGACGGGCAUCACCAGUCCCGUGGGCUUCCUCUCCCAUCAGGCCUGGGGUGGCAUCAAGGCACUUUCAUCAAUGGAAGGAUUCUAUAAUCUGGAUCGGGAUAUUGAGGGAUCUGCCAAGAGCUGGAAAAAGUUUGUGGAAUCAGAAUGUCCUGAGAAGGAGAAGUUUCCACAGGAGUGGAAGAACAAGACAGCCCUGCAGCGCCUCUGCAUGAUGAGAGCCAUGCGGCCGGACCGGAUGACCUACGCCAUGCGAGAUUUUGUCGAGGAGAAGUUGGGAAGCCAAUACGUGGUGGGAGGAGCUCCAGACUUUGCGACCUCAUUUGAGGAAUCAGGACCAGCCACACCCAUGUUUUUCAUCCUGUCUCCAGGGGUGGACCCCCUGAAGGACGUGGAGAAUCAAGGUAAAAAGCUCGGGUACACCUUCAACAACAGGAACUUCCACAACGUGUCUUUGGGGCAAGGACAGGAAAUAGUGGCUGAGGCGGCGCUGGACCUGGCUGCCAAGAAAGGUCACUGGGUUAUUUUGCAGAACAUCCACCUGGUGGCCAAGUGGCUCGGCACCCUGGAAGAGAAGUUAGCAGAGUAUGGUGAGAACAGCCACCCGGAGCUGAGGGUUUUCAUCAGUGCGGAGCCUGCACCCUCCCCGGAGGGCCACAUCAUCCCCCAGGGCAUCCUGGAGAACUCCAUCAAGAUCACCAACGAGCCUCCCACAGGCAUGCAUGCCAACCUGCACAAGGCCCUGGACAAUUUCACUCAGGACACGCUGGAGAUGUGUUCCCGGGAGACGGAGUUUAAGAGCAUCCUCUUUGCUCUUUGUUACUUUCACGGGGUGGUGGCAGAGAGACGGAAGUUUGGGCCACAGGGAUGGAAUCGUUCAUACCCCUUCAACACCGGGGACCUCACCAUCUCUGUGAACGUGCUCUACAACUUCUUGGAGGCCAACACAAAGGUCCCCUAUGAUGAUCUGCGCUACCUCUUUGGAGAGAUCAUGUAUGGAGGCCAUAUCACAGAUGACUGGGACAGGAGACUCUGCAGGACGUAUCUGGAGGAAUUCAUCAGACCAGAAAUGCUAGAAGGAGAGCUGUCUCUGGCACCAGGUUUCCCACUCCCGGGCAACCUAGAUUACAUUGGCUACCAUCAGUACAUCGAUGCCGAGCUGCCUCCAGAUUCGCCCUACCUCUACGGCCUGCACCCCAAUGCCGAGAUCGGCUUCCUGACCCAGACCUCGGAGAAGCUCUUCCGCACCGUGCUGGAGCUGCAGCCCCGGGACAGCCACGCCGGGGACGGAGCAGGGGCCACAAGGGAAGAAAAGGUCAAGGCCCUCCUGGAAGAAAUCCUCGAGCGAGUGACAGAGGAGUUCAACAUGCCAGAGCUGCUGGCCAAAGUGGAGGAGCGCACCCCCUACGUUGUCGUCACCUUCCAGGAGUGCGAGCGGAUGAACGUCCUCACCAGGGAGAUCCGGCACUCGCUGAGGGAGCUGGACCUCGGCUUAAAGGGGGAGCUGACCAUGACCAGUGACAUGGAGACAUUACAGAAUGCCCUGUACCUGGACACAGUGCCGGAGCCCUGGGCCAGGCGAGCCUACCCUUCCACGGCAGGCCUGGGAGUCUGGUUUUUAGACCUCCUCAACCGAAUCAAAGAGUUGGAGGCCUGGCUAGGAGACUUGGCAAUGCCCUCCACGGUGUGGCUGACAGGCUUCUUCAACCCCCAGUCCUUCCUGACCGCCAUCAUGCAGUCCACAGCCCGCAAGAACGAGUGGCCACUGGACCAGAUGGCCCUGCAGUGUGAAGUGACAAAGAAGAAUAGGGAAGACUUCAGGAGCCCCCCUCGGGAAGGGGCCUACAUCCAUGGCCUCUUCAUGGAAGGUGCUCGCUGGGACGCACAGGCUGGGAUCAUUACAGAGGCAAAGCUGAAGGAUCUGACACCCCCCAUGCCUGUGAUGUUCAUCAAGGCCAUUCCUGCAGAUAAGCAGGACUGCCGCAGCGUCUACCCUUGUCCUGUGUACAAGACUUGUCAGCGGGGACCCACCUACGUGUGGACUUUCAACCUGAAGACUAAGGAGAAGCCAUCUAAGUGGGUUCUAGCUGGAGUCGCUUUGCUUCUCCAGACUUAGCUGCCUGCAGAACCACUAAGAAAACAAGGCGGGGCUGGAGGCUGCCCAGGACAAGUGGGUGAGGGGAGACGGAGACGCAGAGAUAAGGAAUCACACGUACUCACAAUUCUGUAGAAUUCCUGUAGGGAACCUGGAGAGAAGGCAGAGCUGGAGGUGUCCAGACCCAGGAACUAGGGGAGAAGCAUUUCAAAACACUGCACCUUUCCUAAUAAAGUGAUUGAUUCUUCAAGUGUGUCUGGCCCCAGCUUUGAGAGCGGCAGAGUCAUAGGUGAUCCUGAAGUGACCAAGAGAAACGAACCACAAACACUUGAGCCCUGAUGUUGGUGCACGGCACCAAACUCAGUGCUCGAGCUCCCAGCUACUCUGUGAACUAGACACUUCAGCAUCACCCCCAAGUCUGCAUUUUGACGAGCUCCCCAGGUGAUACGUACGCACAGCACGGUUUGAGAAAUAGUACUCUGGAUUAGGGAUCACCCAACUUUUUCUGUCAAGGGCCAGACAGGCUUUGCGGGGCAUUUGUCUCCACUGCAAUGACUCAGUGCUGCCACUGUGGACCCAAAGUGGCCCCAGCACCUACAUAAGUGGGUGUGGCUGGGCUCCAAUAAAACUGUAUUUGCAAAAACAGGUGGGGGGCCAUAUUUUGCUGAUCACUGCUCUGGAGGAUAAGGGAAGUAUACACAUGAUAUUUAUCCUUCAUUAAUUCACACACGCCUUCAAUUUGUCAAACACCUACGGUUCGCUGAGAACACAACUGUGAAUGAGUUAGGUUGUUUCCUUGUAUCUCUAUCAUCCUUCAGAUCAUUUAAGAGGGACCCAUGGAGAAACUCUUCACCUAAAGCUUUUGAACCUAACAGUCUUCUAGAUUUUUCUCUGCGGAACAAAUUUUCACUGGAAGCCCAAAGAGUUCCAGAGUUCUAAAGAGCUCUUAUAGGGAGGCCUGUGUGCUAAGAAGAGUCCAGGAGGGCCCAGUAUUCCUUCUAGAAUCCUUAAUCCUACAUAUCCUUAAUGAAUUAUGAUUUAGAACAGUGGCCCUAAAUCUUGAGCAGGCAUCAGAGUCCCCCUGGGGGGUUCGUUAAAACAAAGACUGCUGGGCCCCACCCUUCAGAAUUUAUGAUUCAGUAAGUCUAACAGACUUCCGAUGUUGCCAGUCCAGGGAACACACUUGCAGAACUGCUGAUCUAAAACAAAAUCCUGGGACACC